AUGAUGGUUCUGAAGGUAGAAGAGCUGGUUACAGGGAAGAAGAAUGGCAGUGGGGAUGCCGGGGAGUUCCUUCCUGAGGACUUCAGAGACGGAGAAUAUGAAGCUGCUGUCACUUUAGAGAAGCAGGAAGACCUGAAAACACUUCCCACCCACUUUGUGAGCCUGGGGGAGCAACAAUGGAAAACUGAGAAAGAGCGAGAGGCAGAGCUCAAGAAGAAAAAACUAGAACAAAGAUCAAAACUGGAAAAUUUAGAAGAUCUUGAAAUAAUCAUUCAACUGAAGAAAAGGAAAAAAUACAGGAAAACAAAAGUCCCAGUUGUGAAGGAACCUGAACCUGAACCUGAAAUCGUGACAGAACCUGUGGAUGUGCCUAGGUUUCUCAAAGCUGCCCUGGAGAACAAACUGCCAGUAGUAGAAAAAUUCUUGUCAGACAAGAACAAUCCAGAUGUCUGUGAUGAGUAUAAACGGACAGCUCUUCACAGAGCAUGCUUGGAAGGACAUUUGGCAAUUGUGGAGAAGUUAAUAGAAGCUGGAGCCCAGAUUGAAUUCCGUGAUAUGCUUGAAUCCACAGCCAUCCACUGGGCAAGCCGCGGAGGAAGCCUGGAUGUCUUAAAACUGUUGUUGAACAAAGGCGCCAAAAUCAGUGCGCGGGAUAAGUUGCUCAGCACCGCGCUGCAUGUCGCGGUGAGGACUGGCCACUACGAGUGCGCAGAGCAUCUCAUCGCCUGCGAGGCAGACCUUAACGCCAAAGACCGGGAAGGAGAUACCCCCUUGCAUGACGCAGUGAGGCUGAAUCGGUACAAGAUGAUCCGACUCCUGAUUACGUAUGGCGCCGACCUCAACGUCAAGAACUGUGCUGGGAAGACUCCGAUGGAUCUGGUGCUACACUGGCAGAAUGGAACCAAAGCAAUAUUUGACAGCCUCAAAGAGAACUCCUACAAAGCCUCUCGCAUAGCAACAUUCUGA